CCAGGAGAUGGGUAUAAAAAGGAGCUCUGGCUUCCAAGCUCAUCAUUCGAAUCCAGUGUGACUUCUUCACUCCAACGCAUCUGCCAAACAAGGACUAACCCACAAAAACACACCGUCCGCAAGAUGAGCAAGCAAAAACAAACCGGAGGAAGCUGUUGCUGUUGUGCUUCAAGCGGUGGCGGCUGCUGCUGCUGCGCCAGUGGUGGUGGGAGAAGAUGUUGCUGCUGUAGCAGAGGCGGUGGAUACGGACAGCCUAUCAUCGUAGUCCCAGGAGGAGGCUCUUGCUGUGGCGGCGGCGGUGGUGGCGGAUAUCAGCAAGGUUACUACGGAGGAAGCGCUGGUGGACUCCUCCUGCCUGACGGCGGAGACGGGAUAGGCCAGCAAAAGAUCCCCCUAAUUGGAGGAGGAGGAGGAUCAGUCUGCUGUAGCGCCAGUGGAAGUGGAGGGUCAGUCUGUUGCAGCUCAGGAGGCAGCUCUGGUGGGCUGAAGGUUUCAGGUCCAGGGGUUGGCAGUGGGGGGCCAGUCUGCUGUAGCUCCAGUGGAAGAGGAGGGUCGGUCUGUUGUAGCUCCGGUGGGCUGCCGGUUGUAAGUUCAGGGGGUGGCAGUGGAGGGUCGGUCUGCUGUAGCUCCAGUGGAAGUGGAGGGUCGGUCUGUUGUAGCUCUGGAGGCAGCUCAGGUGGGCAGAAGGUUGUAGGUCUAGGGGUUGGCAGUGGGGGGCCAGUCUGCUGUAGCUCCAGUGGAAGUGGAGGGUCGGUCUGUUGUAGCUCUGGAGGCAGCUCCGGUGGGCUGCCGGUUGUAGGUCCAGGGGGUGGCAGUGGAGGGUCGGUCUGUUGUAGCUCCAGUGGAAGUGGAGGGUCGGUCUGUUGUAGCUCAGGAGGCAGCUCAGGUGGGCUUGGCGUUAUAGGGUCCCAGACAAAGUGUCCCAUUGUUGUCCCACCAUGCUUAGAACAAACCAAGCAGGUCUGUCCAUUGCCAAGCAUCAAGUAAAAUGCAACAAUUGUCAAGCCAUGAGAGAAAAGCUGUCUUGGCAAGCUUCCGUCAUGUUCUUAUCAAUGUCUUGUUAAGCUGGCAACCUUUCUACACGUUGUUUCUUUGUCCUUUUCUUCUUCAAUGGCAUUUCAUUUUUGCGCGCUCAAUGUGUGUCUGAGCCUUCUACAAUAAGUUAUGAUUUGUGUGCUGGAGGGGAGUUCAGAAUACAUCUCCCCCACACACACACACAUGCAAAUGCUGAUUUCUUUGCUUCAAUCUCCAUUUAUGCAUGGGAGUUAAUAAAACUUACCUCAGAAUGAA